UUGCAGUUCAAGCUUAGUGGAAAGAAGUCUACAAUGGCGUCCUUAAGGGCAGUCUCUCGGCUAUCAUCUCGCCUGCAAUCUCUCGCUCCAAAGCUCAACAAAAGGUCUCCAUCUUCUGAGCUCUCUCCAUUCAAAUCGUCUUGUCAAUCUCAGCCCUCUGCAGCUUCUACAUCGCGUGUUUCUUGCACUUCGCGGUUACCAUUGGAGUUGAGUAGUCAGGGGUCACUGAUGCCAUUGCACAGCGCUAUAGCUGCAGCUAGAUUGAUUUCGAGUCUGAGCAUUGAAUCUCAAGGAUGGGGGUUGGUUCCUCAGGGUAUUUCAAUGCCUUUAUGACGGCUUUACUUUGCAGUAAGUUGUUCUCUGUACUUUUCUGUUUGUUGACUAUUAGGGUUUCUUUUUACUCUUAGCUCCCUACAAGAAUAUAAACCUUAAUCAUCGCCUCUAAAUUUCUUUUGUCCUAAAUGUGGCUGAGGUUUAAAGUUACAUUUCAUCUUAGUAAUGAUGAAAUUCAUUAAAGUGAUUCAGCAGACACUUAUUUGCUGGCAUUUUACUCAAAUGAAACAAGUUAAUGUUGCAAGUGAUUGAUAUACAAACUUUCA